AUGCAACUGAUCAACGCAAGUGCUGACGUGAACAUGGCGGACAUCGACGGGAACUCGGCGCUGCAUAUUGCCGUGAAGGCGCAGGAGGAGGAGCUGGUGGAGUACCUGUUGGAUGCUGGAGCAAGUCCAGCAUUGAAGAACAAGGAAGGGAAGACGCCCAUGGACGUCAGCGAGGAGGGUGCAGGGUUGAAGAUGAAAAUGAUGGGGUACCUGCAGUUUGAGGCGGAGCUUCACCGGGCAAGGACGGAGAAGAUGGCUGUCUGUUUGGUUGGGGAGGGCAAGAGGGAGUUGUCAGGAGAGGUCUCGAUGGCGUUUUCUUCACGAGCUCAGUCAGUACAUGUUGUUUUUGAUAAUGACGACGACGAUGAUGAUGAUGAUGAUGACGAUGAUGAUGAUGAUGAUGAUGGAACAUGCAUCAUAGCGCAGGCAGAUGGAAAGGUGUACAUCAGUCAAGAUGGUCUGAAAAACGUGGAAUGUGCGCAAGAAUGUAAGAAGGGAGACAGGAUACACGACAUGUCAAGUCUGUCAUCAAACAGCAAACUGUACAUUGUUGACUCAUCCCACAUGUACUUUUGGGACGAAACUCCGACCUCUGUGUCUGUGCAUGGGGAUGAAGAAUCACUCGUGUUGAAGAUGUAUUGUUCAAGGAACGGUGGGAGGUCAUUUUCACUCGUUGAGUUGUUCAUCAUGCAAGCAUUGCAAAACGGUGAAAAUGAGAGUGAAUGCCGUAUGAUGGAUGUGGGCUUCGGUGGGAAGGAAAACGAGCUGGGUUGUGUUCUUGUACAAACAGGACAAGGAAGGUCGUUUCUUGUUUUGAGCGAGGACAACGGCAGAAACUGGAAGGCUUUACAACCGGACAAGAUUGAUGGGGGCAGUCAGAAGGAAAACGUAGAAAGCAGGAGCGAGGAGGAAUCAGUCGAGGGUUUCAAGAUUGAGCACGGGAGCAUCUUGCAAGAAUAUUCAAGAGAUCGUGAGUAUUUCAAUUUCGACGAGGCUGAAUCUGCUCUUUGGGGUGAGGACAACGACGGAGAGUUGAGAUUUUUGCAACGCGUGAAGGAGAAAUGUGAGAGAAAUCUGGAGGGACUACGGAAGAUAGCAGAAUUGAACAACAUGUCGAUUGAGGAAGUCGAUAGAAAUCUUACGAGCAAGAGGACUGAUGUGGAAGACAAAGACAAGCAGAACAGGAGACGAUCGAUCCUUAAAGAAAUCGACAAGCUUGAGAUCAGCAAGACACGUUGUGUUGAAAAGAAGAAGGAAAUUGAGAAUGAUGAGGCGCAAGAGAAAAUCGUGAUGGAGCGAAUUACACAACAAAGAAUUGACGAAUCGUGGGGAGGUUGUUAUGAACAUGGACGGAGGCAGAUCGCAACAAGUUUACUGUGUUGCGGUUAUUUCCUGGAACAUGUUUGCGUUGCGGACGAUGGGACUUUGCUCGUUGCUGGUGCGUUUGCUGCGCGAUUUUCCAUCUCAGCACCUCAUUCAGUUGAGCAGGAGCUGGAGGUGUACAAAGAAGCGAAGAUCAAGGUAAUGGAGGAGGAGGAGGAGGAGGAGCAGCAGCAUGAAGAGCAGGAGGAGCAGGAGCAGGAGCAGGAGCAGGAGCAGGAGCAGGAGCAGCAGGAGCAGAAGCAGGAGCAGGAGCAGGAGCAGGAGCAGGAGCAGGAGCAGGAGCAGGAGGAGCAGCAGCAGCAGCAGGAGCAGCAGGAGCAGCAGCAGCAGCAGCAGGAAGAGGAGUAG